AUGAGUGCCCAGCCUCCAACAGCUGAUAAGGGACUGAAUACUGCCCUUUUGUGCCAGGAAAGCUAUGCUUGCAGUGGCACAGAUGAAGCAACCUUUGAGUGCGAUGAGUGUGGAAGCCUGCAGUGCCAGCGGUGUGAAGAAGAACUACACAGGCAGGAAAGGCUACGAAACCAUGAACGGACCCGAAUUAAAGCCGGCCAUGUCCCAUACUGUGACACCUGCAAGGUUGCCAGUGGGAAUAUCAUGCAGAGCAAUAUCAUAAACUCCAGACAGAGGGCAGCAAUAAGAUGCCAAGCAUGCAAAAUUAACCUCUGUGUAGAGUGUCAGAAGAGGACACAUGCGGGUGGAAACAAGAGGAAGCACCCCAUUACUGUUUACCAUGGUGACAAAUCUCACGAGGAGGAGGAGGGGAUGGAUGAAGAGACCAAGAGGAAGAAGAUGACAGAAAACGUUGUAAGCUUCCUGUUGGUAGAUGAAACAGAGGAGAUCCAGGUAAGAAAUGUUGUGACUUUUGAAAGGCAGACAAUUAAAUCUGCAUGAUUUAUCUGAGGGACUCAAGGCAGCAUCAUAUUGGGGGGAAUAAACCCAAUGAUAUACAGUGGUACCUUGGGUUACAUACACUUCAGGUUACAUACGCUUCAGGUUACAGACUCCGCUAACCCAGAAAUAGUACCUCGGGUUAAGAACUUUGCUUCAGGAUGAGAACAGAAAUCAUGCUCCGGCGGUGCGGCGGCAGCGGGAGGCCCCAUUAGCUAAAGUGGUGCUUCAGGUUAAGAACAGUUUCAGGUUAAAUACGGACCUCCGGAACGAAUUAAGUACUUAACCCAAGGUACCACUGUAGUAUAGAAUUAUUCUUUGUGACUUUUCAACUUGACAGUUGUGGGGUGGAUACUUUCUUGAGUGGGCAAGAUGCACGGUAAGUAGCUAACAUUACAGCCUCAAUUCAGUCUUUAAAGAAAUUUUUUUUGAGAGCCUCUACAUAAGUGCCUUACAUUUAAAUCUGUCUCUCUCUCUCUCUCCCUCCCUCCUAUAUAGCGCAUAUAACAAGUAUUAGCAAUGGCAAAAUCAGUUUCCCCUUCUUCCUUCACCCACUCACUUUCCCUCCCACUCCUCAACUUGCAAACUUUAACAAAGCCACUUGGUUCAAAUACAUACAAAUGAGGUCAUGGUCAAAGUCACUUAUAUCUGUCCUAACAGAGAAACUCUUCUGUAGUUUGUAGCAUACACUGAAGUCAGGAAGCAAUGGCUUCUUUGCUAUGAUGUCACAGUAGGCAGAGGCAUCAUAAGUCUUCUUGCUGCCACUGGGUUAACUGCUCUGAUGUCACAGAAGGAACCUUUGGUCUGGCCGCUAGAGGAGUUGAGAUCUUAGGAUUUGAAUUCAAAAGUCCACAAGGCAGCUUUGAACUGCAAUAAGUAUGACCAAUGCAAGUUGGUUAAGAUGUAAACAGACAGAUACUUGCUGAUUUGUUGGAUGUCAGAAUUGAACCUUCAUUCCAAUUUCUUUUGUAACGGUGGCUGCAUAAUAGUUCUGUUUUUCUGCACUGUGUCUGGCAUAGUCUGUUCAGGUUUGAGAGUGCUGUUUGCUGGACCUCAAGACUAUCAUGGCAGUUAAUCAUCAUACUUACAGUGUUCUUAGUUUUGCAAUCCAUUGAAAGAGUUAACCUACUUGGUAUAAGGAAAUUAAAGGGAGGCUGAGGUUGAGUAGAUAAGUAAAGAGCUUCAAAGAGAAUGAUGAGUUCCUGUAGAGUCUUGCCAAAAUCACACUCUCAGCUGUAAUAUGCCUUUAAGGUUAAGGAAGCUUACUGUUGUCUUCGAGUUUAUGUUUGCACAACAAAUGGGAACCCAAAUUAUAUCCAAAUAGUCCACAUACUGUGCUAAUAAUAAAAGUUAUCAACCAUCUACAACAAUAACAUAUACUACAAAUCACCUGUAAAACAUCCAUUUUCAAGCUCCAUAGAUGAAAAACAACUUCUACAUUUCUUAGACGGAUUCCAACUUGAAUUAUGUAAUGCAAUUGUUUUUCCUAGAUAGCUGUGUGCUGCAGUUCUUCUAACUUAGAAGUAUUUUCUUUUAUAGAAAAAUUAUUUCCUAUAAGGUACAUUAGUUCCCUGCUUUAUCACAUUAAAAUAACAGCAACUCCUCAUAUUUAUUGGUUUCUAAAUGUGCUUCAGUAGUUAGAACAAAACAGCUGUCUGAAGUACUACUGUAACAUUACUGGCCUAAGGAAACUCUCCUACUAUCACUUCUCUGUUUUGUCAGCUGUACAACCUUUACUCCUUUGACAGGACAAUGACAUACUUCUUCCAUACACGUUUUAAAUAACAUAAAUGCCCAUCAAAAUAUAUCCAAAGUGGGAAGGCAUAGUAUAACAUUGACCUUAUUACGGAAAUGUUGGGAAAUCAAAUCUUUAAUUUAAACCAUUGGGAGAAACUGUCUUUAAUGUAUCAAUUCAAUAUGACUCUUGCUGAGUAAUAUUGCUGAGGAUUUGAAAUUUUUGUUCAGUUGCCAAAAACUUCAAAUGCUACGGUGUAUAGUUGUAUACCAUGAAAUAUGGAAGUAAUAAAGUUUCAGUUGUUCUAGUUCUGAUCUUACUGCUCAAUGAUCCAUAAUUCCAAAAUUCCACUUUUUUUGUUGUUCCUCCAUAUACAUGUGGACAAGGGUAUGCAAUCACAUAGAUCACAUGUGUGGAGUGACAUGUAAUGAAAUCCCUUAAAACAAAAGCUUUACCAUCUUUAGGAUUAAAAAAUUGUUUUGUUUGUACAGGUUGUACAGAUCUGGAAUAUUAACUUUGUUAAAAUGUCCUUUAGUAAUAAGGGGUUUCAUGUGGUAAACUGUAACUGAAUAUACUAUUUUUUUCUUCACAUUUAAAGAUCCAAUAUCCUACAACAGGCAAAUCCUGGAGUAUCUUAUAUUAAGUAUCCGUGUUUCAGUACAAUAUGUCUAAUAGGUAAAGGUAUUCUGUUUCAUUUCAUAUACCUGAAAAGGUUUUUUUCCUCUGCUUUUGAACGGACCUCUUAUCCUACAAUAACUCAUACUCCAUAUUUAGCCUUCUUUAUACCCUCUUGAUGAAAAUCUCUUUGUUUCAAAUCGUGUGUCUGUGUCCCUUUAUUCAAUAUAUUGGACAAUUAUGUUUCAGCCUCAGAAACUGUCCAAAUGGCAGUGAUACAUGUGGAAUGAUUCCUGUUUUAAUAUAUAAUACGAUGUUCUUGUCGCUUGGUUUACUGUAUUUUUUACACAAAAUUGUCAGUGUUAUUUAUAAGUAAAAAAUUAUAUCUAUUAAAAAUCCAUGUGCACUAGUGAUAUAAGGAUCAACUGUGUUCAUCCAGGUAAGAAAUUCCCAAACACCACUAUUUAAACCCACACUGAUAUAUAUCAUCAGUGAUAUAUAUCAGUGAUAUGUGCCAUGCAAUGUACAUGUGGAUUUUUCUCUUUGUACAAAAUUGUGGUUGUUUCUAAGUAGGACGUAUAUUUCUAACAUUGCUCAUCAGAAUUUGGGUGUUUUGGAAUUUCUUACUUGGCUGAACACGGUUGAUUCCUGCAUCAAAUUCACUAUGGAUUCACCACAUGUACCAUUUUUGGACAUUUAUGACCAAUGCUUUCUCACAAACAAAUCUGACUGACUGACUAGGUGGGGCUGAGAAUGCCCCCUGUCUGGCACCCUGGAGGGCUGUUCAAGCCAAACAACAGAGGGACCAAAUAAUCAGACUAGGUAUAAGGCCACUUCCUAAGUAAGGCAUCCAUUGUCAGUUUCCAUACUCAGUGAUAAGGGAAUAACUUUCGCCUUAUCCAUCUAUACUGUUUCUAUUGUAUAGUCAAAUGCUAGUGACUGACACUGAGGUAAAGCUUUUUCUGUUACAGAGAUAAGGAAAGGUGUAACUGGGUGGGGUUCUAGGUAUGAGGUUGCUAUUGAAGGCAGAAGAACAGCACAAGUGAAAUAAAAUGGCAGCCCUAACAACAGUGUGAAAGCUUAUAGGCUUGUAAAAUGCGUUGUAACUUCUGUUCUCUUCUUAGGCAAGUCUAGAGAUGGGAAGGCCUGGAAAAAACCCGGAAAACUGGGGGGAAACCAGUCCCGCCUUUUUUUGUUUUCCCCCCCAAAGCUGUUUUUUCCCCGUUUGGAAAAAAAACGGAAAAAACCCCCUGGUUUUUCCUCCCAAUUUUCCGUUUUUUCCCCAGGCCUUCCCAUCUCUAGAGAAGUCGGUGGUAUGGUUCCUCAUCUACAGGUCAAAUUGAAAAUAACCCAUUUACCGUAUUUUUUGCUCUAUAAGACUCACUUUUUCCCUCCUAAAAAGUUAGGGGAAAUGUGUGUGCGUCUUAUGGAGUGAAUGCAGGUUGCGCAGCUAUCCCAGAAGCCAGAACAGCAAGAGGGAUCGCUGCUUUCGCUGCACAGAAAUCCCUCUUGUUGUUCUGUCUUCUGAGAUUCAGAAUAUUUUUUUUCUUGUUUUCCUCCUCCAAAAACUGGGUGCGUCUUAUGGUCUGGUGCGUCUUAUAGAGCGAAAAAUACGGUAUAAACUGGUGCAGUUCCACUGACUUUGAAUAGACUCCUUAGGAGCAAGGGUGUCAUAGCUCAUGGGCAGCAAGCAGUUAUGAAUAUCCUUUUAGAGAAAGCUUUUAAAAAAUUAUUUACCUAUUAACUUUGACUUUAUUGUGGGGUGCUGUUUUUAGCUCUUUUAUAGCUUGACUGUCAUGCUGUCUUGGAUUUUCUUUUUUUAUUACUGUUUUAUAUCUUUUUAAAGUUGUAAGUUCUUUUGAAAGAGGUAUCUCUCUGAUGCAACUACAAAAGUUGUUGACACAACCCUAGCAGGUGUACUCGGAAGUGAAUCUCACUCUGUUCAACAGGGCAUACUGCCAAGAAGGUUUUUGUAGGAUGCAGCCUCAGUUUUCUAUCCCAUUUAUCCUUGUUUCUAGCUGUUUCAUCAGUAAUGGGUGGGUGGAGCUGUUUUCUAAUGCAAUAGAUGUCAAGGUUGUAUUUGACUUCAGUGAGGACAAACCUUCCUGUGGCUUGGCUAUAAGGCCUUCAGUUAUGGCUUAGCGGCACAUCUGUUCUCUUUUCUAAUAAACAUAAUGGUGACAUUGAAAGUGGAUCCCUAACAAUUAAGGUUGCUGAUUUGCAACCUGGAGAGUCUGCUUCUCUAACAGCCUCAAAGAAGUAGAAGAGAAUUCAGGUGUGGCUUCUCCCUCAAAAUAUCUACCUUCAUUUAAAUAGUGUACAUUGUGGAGAAUUGCUGUACCAUUUUUAAAGGCUGAAAGACAAGCAGAAACAUACCAGAUGAAACUUUUCCUCUUGCUUCAGCUGUAUGCCAGGAAAAGCCUCGUCCACUAAAUUUUGCUUAUCACGCAGUUGUUAGAUGUAGAGGAGUCCUGCUAAGGAGAAGAAAGAUGAUACAAUUUAUGUGAUAUAUGCUUCAAAUUAUAUGUAUAAUUUCAUAUCUCAUUGACAAAGUCAAAUUGAUGCUGCGAUUGGACAAGAAAAUACAUGACAUCCAUUCAUAUAUGACCCCCCCUCUAAUAGUUCAUAGUUUUAGUUCACAUUUUCAUUGGCUCACUCCAUACUGGAAAAAUGUAUGUCAGUUGUAUGUAAUUAAAGUGGCAAAGAAUCUAUGAUUGGAUCAUAUUUUUUCCUGGAGGUAAGAUAACAGCAUAGUUCAACUAUGCUCAAAUAUAAUAACAGAAUGAUUUCUAGAUGCUAGGAAUUUUAAAAUAGAGUAAGAGUAAAGGACUGAAUCCUUGCACAAUCAUUUAAGUUUUUUGCCCCUCUUGCUAAGAUGUGACAUCCUUAGGCAGGAUAAGAAAUCCAAAUAUUCCUGUGUGGGCUAGCUAUGUUACCGUCCAUUCCUUGCUUAAACAAAAAAGUCUUUAGCAGGCACCAGUAUCUCAGAGUGUUACUGGCUAAAAGAAUGUCACUUGCAGUUACAAGUCAUGUCCCAGAAGUGGCACCGUUUCAGCAGUGGGUUCUUUCCAUUAAAAAGUUCUAACGCAAUCUUUCUCUUCUUGUUUUGGAAGGUGGCAAACGAAGACGAAUUUAUCAGGAAACUGGACUGCAAACCUGAUCAGCACGUAAAGGUGGUGUCUAUUUUUGGGAACACUGGGGAUGGCAAAUCUCAUACCCUUAACCACACUUUCUUCUACGGCCGUGAGGUUUUUAAAACAUCUCCCGCUCAGGAGUCUUGUACGGUAGGGGUUUGGGCAGCCUAUGACCCUGUCCACAAAAUGGUGGUGAUUGACACAGAGGGUCUUCUGGGGGCCACUGUCAACCUGAGUCAGAGGACCCGGCUGCUUUUGAAGGUCUUGGCUAUUUCGGACCUUAUCAUCUACCGUACUCAUGCUGACAGACUUCACAACGAUCUCUUCAAAUUUCUUGGAGAUGCCUCAGAGGCCUACCUAAAACACUUCACCAAAGAACUGAAGGCAACCACAGCCCGUUGUGGCCUGGAUGUUCCCUUGUCCACUUUGGGCCCUGGAGUCAUUAUCUUCCACGAGACUGUAUACACACAGUUACUAGGUGCUGGUGAGUAGACGCACGUUGGUUGCUGCAAUGUAAAUCACUUGGGAUGGAUCUGUAUCGUAACACAACCAGAGUUGGGUGUUGCCACGUGGAAGAUUUGGGGACUGAAUCCUGACUUAGCUCACUAUCUAGAAUAAGAAGGUGGAGAGGUAACAUGCAGGGAGUUUGCAUCUGGCAAAUAGCAAAGCAUAAGCCAGUUAGUUUGGAUUAUGUGUAUUUUGUGUGACUAUGGCUUUUGGGAUCACAUUUCAUCGUCCUUUUUUUAAAAGCAAGGAGAAGAAGGAAGUUUCUAGAUAUUCUAGCUGCAAAGCUAGUGUAUACCACCUGUUGAAAUCUUAGAAACCAGAGGCAGGGUUGAUCAGAAUUUCCAGUGGCAGGAAGCAUGGCUUCAUUGUCUUCCAUAGUUUUUCCCUUGAUACCUAACAGAAGCAGACUAAAUUAUGCAAUAGAUGCAAAUCCUGCUUGCAUAUUAUAGAGUACUUUUAUACAUAUUUUAAAAAUAAAAAGCUUGGCAGUAUGAACGUCCCUGGUAUCAGCCCAUCUCUAAAAGGAAAGGAAUUCCCUGUGGACUGACUUUGCUGAGUAUUACCAGUAGCUCUGGAGAACACCAGUGAAACUACCGAAAAACUGACAAAGAUGCAGAAACUAUUUUGUUUUAUUUAAGAAGUUUUAAAAAUCUGCCUUUCAAUAAGAUGCUUCAUAGCUUUGAAGCAACAAUAUAAUCAACAACAACAAAAUGUUAAAUUAGUAAAACAAGCAGUAAACAGUAAAGACAGUCAAAUAAGCAUUUUAAAGAGCAGUGGUAAGUGGUCCAGCUGGUAUAUUCAGCAGCUGAGAUCUGAUCUGAAUGAAAGGAGUUUCAAGAACAUGUUCCUGGAACUUUCUUGCAGGAGAUGAUUUUGCCAUCUUUGGAGUAUAAUGGAGUACAAUGUCAUUGCCACUGAUUUUACAGAAAUAGGUAGAGUAGUAAAAAACACACACCAAGAAACCUCCUCCACCACUUGUGCACACAAGAAAACAAGCGGUAUUAUAUAAAUUAAAAAUCCCUUGUUUAUAGACCAUGGUAGUACAAGUAGUUUAUGCUGUUGGAGGAGGAGGAGGCUUUCAUCAGUUGCACCUUGCAGCAGAUACACUUUUAAAAAAACAAUGUGACCCCAUCAAUAGGCCAUCAAUACAACUGCAUCUAAAUAAUGUAAUAUUGAUAGUAAGAUUUCCUAUAAAGGGCUUCUUCUUCCUAUUCCCCAUUUCUUUCCUCUAAUAAUCUAUUUAGGUUAACAAUUUGUAAGCUACUUUUUAAAAGGUAUGUUCUGGCAGCAUGGAGUUGGAUCCCGUGAUCCUGUCAUCUGCUAAUAGAAAAGGGCGGCUGGUUUUUUACCACCCUCCCCCCUUCCCUCCAAUCUCCAAUCUGCUCCAGAACAGCAUAGUGACAGGGUGGUGGUGGUGGUGGGGCUGCAGAGAUUGGAAGAAAUUUCCCCUCCAUUGGAUUGAAGGCCCUUGUGUUCACAGAAAUGUUGUUUCUGGGAAAGGAAGGUAACCUUUGGGUCCAGCCUAUGCUUUGCUCUAGGUGUUUCCUAUUAGGAGAGAAUUCGUUGUUUUGAUCAAGAAUGCACAUGCAAAUACGUGUAAACACGUAUGUUAAAAAAAAAAAGUAAAUACACGUGCAAACCUCACGAUAAUAUAGCUAAAGUGAUUGAAUCUUUUAGAUCACCCUUCUGAGGUGCCUGAGAAACUUGUCCAGGAUCGGUUCCGGAAACUUGGGCUCUUCCCUGAAGCCUUCAGCUCGAUCCAUUACAAAGGAACAAGGACACAUAACCCCCCAACAGAUUUCUCUGGGCUCAGGCAUGCCGUGGAGCAGCAGCUAGAAAAUAAUACGACCCGUUCUCCCCGGCCUCCUGGAGUUAUCUACAAGGCACUCAAAGUAAGUGUAAGAUGGUGAAUUACUGUUCCUCUAUACAAAGACCACAGAUUCCGUCGCCACAGCCAGCAGCUCUGGGGGCAGGUGGCUAUAUUUCAAAUUGCAAAUUCCUCCAGUUUCAUUCUUGGAGGGUUGGACUUUGAUUGCCAUCAGGUCCCUUAGAAAUCGAAGUGCAACCCCCAAUCCCAAAGCAGGGUCACCUGCACUCCUCCUAUCCACGGAGCAACUCCCAUAAUAUAAAGCAAACAGCAAAGAACGAAAGUUGACCGGAGUAGACAGUGUAUCAGAGCUCCUGAAGAGUAGGCAGACCCAGAACAGUACAGCAAGUGAGCCAUGCCAAGAGAAAAUGGACACCCUGCCUCCAAUUAGGCUGACACUGAGGGAAAUUGAGGACAUUGGCAGGCUUACAACUAACACUGAGGUCUGAUUUGUACUUCCUGACUAUUCCAGUUGCCCAGGGCAUAUCAGCUUCUGUGAGUUGUUUUCUUCUUUUAAAAAAAGGCCAGAAGAAACUUUGGACUGGGUUUGUGGAGUAGGUGAAAAUAGUACUUCAUCAAGCCCAUGUCUCUUUAAUACUUUCCCCCAGUGUUUGCAAACGUAGUUUCUACAGACACUGUACUUCUACUAGUAGUAAUGCACCAUAAAUGGCCAAGCAAGGCGGGACUAAGCUGCUGUAGUACAAUGGAAAGAUCCUUCUUGUUGCCAGGGUAACUGAGAGUCAGGACAUGGUCUCCAGGCAACAACCUAUUCUCUGACUUGCCUUGAUUUUUUUCCCUCAGUUUCCUUAAAUGGUUUUUCAUCUGUAGAUAGCAAAGAUGUAACAUCUGGAGCUAGUGGAGGUCAAGAGCACAGCUCUUCAGGGGACAAUGUAAGAGUCUGAGUGGCUGUCAGGGAAAGUAUUUUAAAAUGAGGAUGGAUAUGUUUUUCGAGGAGAGAGUUUAUAUGUAUGCAAUUAGAAGUUUUACUGCAAAACAUCCUCCACUGAGCAUUUAUUAUAUAAUUAGAUCUUUCUCAUGUAAUGAGAAGUUGUAAUUUUUGACUUCUUCCCUACAACCACGCUCCUAUAUUUAUUGUGGUGUUGUCACUAACAACACAAUCCUUAACAUGUUCUCUCAGAAUCCUAUGAUUAUUUACGCUGUGCUCAGUGGGGUUUACUUCCUGGAAAUUGUGCAUGGCAUUGCAGCCGAACUCUUCUUUUCCACAACCCCUCCUUGUUCAGUUUAUGAUUUGACAGGCAUUUUUACAGUACGUGAAGAGUAUAGUUACCCAUGGUUUUAAUGUUCAUUAUUCAUUCAUGGCUUAUCUAUUUAUGGAUGUUGCAGUGUGAAGUAUACACUUUCUGAUCAUGAGGUAUUUAAUGUUUUGUUGCGAGAAGAAAAGUUUCUCAUCUGAAUUGCAAUCAGUUGCACUGUCUUAAUCUAUGGUUCUUGCCUGCUGAACCAAAGAGAGAUUUUGUGGCUUUAAUAACUGCAGCAGAGAGGAGUUUGUAAAGUUCUGCUUCUCCCAAAAUGCAUGUAAUGCCAGGCAAUGAUACCCCUGUAGUCUAAAAGGUUUUCAGGGUCUGCUUGGUGCUUUUGCAAUCUUUACAUUCAAUCUUUGUGAGCAGGGGAUGGGGGGAGAAGUUGCUUACAAAACAUUCAGGGAAAUUCCUGCCAAUAGGCUGCCAAUGUAGGAGUAAGCCCUUUGCCUCUCUUUCUCUUUCCUGGAAAUUUUGGAUUUUAUGAUUUAUUUUUAUUUUAUGAAAUUUAUAUACCAUUUAAUUGUAAUAAAAACCUCAACGUGGUUUACGAAAAGAAUAAAUGAAUGGCAAUAUGGCUAGAACCUAACAGUUUUGACAGUCUUUCCAUCCUUGUUGAAGAUCGGGCUGGGCAAUAUCUGGUUUUCAACAUCCUAAUAUAUCACCAGCUAAACAUCACAAUGCCUCAAUCUAUCGCGAGAUAUAUCCGCCACAGCAGAGAGCCUCGUCAGUCCUCCCUACAGCGGAGGAGGAACUCACUGACAGCAGACCCUUGCAGAGGGCAAGAUUGUACCCUCCACUCAUCAGCUUGUGAGCAGAGAGUUCUGUCCUGCUAGGUGCUGUGUUUCCUGUGGGGAACAUGCAGGCAAAGCAGACCUCUCCCUCACAGUUCAGUUUUGACAGAUUAGUGGAACCAUCAGAUGCUUGUCAGGGAAGUGGCUCUGUGCAUCUGUUAAAGUUGGCCUGCAGGGUGCGGGGAGAGGAAGAUCUGACAUGCCAGGCCGAAAAUGUUCCACGCCCUGAUCUAACACAUAAGAGGUGCUUCACGCUCCUAUACCGUUCCAUAAAAGUUGGUGUUUUUUUGUUGUCCCUCUAGCUCUAUACUCACUGCUGGUUUCUCUCUGUGUGUUCUGCAGGCACUGAGUGAUAGGUUCUGCGGUGAGAUCCCAGAUGAUCAGAUGGCCCACAGCUCCUUCUUUCCAGACGAGUAUUUCACCUGUUCCUCCGUAUGUCUCAGCUGCGGGUAGGUGGAAUGUGAAGAACACUAUUUGAAUAAGAUCUACAGUGUCAGAAUUAUGUUUUAUAUUACAAUAUAAUGAGCAUGUUACGAGCAACCCAGUCAUUGCCCAUUUUAAAUAGGGAGUUGCCAAUGUCACUGUUAAGUAAAACUUGGGUGAGAAAUUUUGCGGUUGGUUAUUCGUGUUGGGAAUUUGCUUUGUUUCUUGUGUUGUUGGGAGAACACUGCUUCCGAAACGAUCUUAUUAACUUUAAAUAAAAUCCAACAUUACUGUACAGUCGUACCUCUGCUUACGUAUCCCUCUGGAUACGUAAACUUUGGGUUGCGAAUGCAUAUACUUCUGGGUUUCACCGCAUUGCGCCAUGUGCGCGCGCAGAAGGGCGUCUCCAGUUAUGAGGUUUUUGGGAUGUGGCUGGGCUCCGGAAUGGAUUCCGUUCAUAACUGGAGGUACCACUGUACAGUGGUACCUCGGGUUACAUAUGCUUCAGGUUAUAUAUGCUUCAGCUAACAGACUCCGCUAACCCAGAAAUAGUACCUCGGGUUAAGAACUUUGCUUCAGGAUGAGAAAGAAAUCAUGCGGCGCCAGCGUGAGGCCCCAUUAGCUAGAGUGGUGCUUCAGGUUAAGAACAGUUUCAGGUUAAGAACAGACCUCCAAAACGAAUUAAGUACUUAACCCGAGGUACCACUGUAUAUAUAUUUAGUGUGUAAGGCAUUAGGUAACAUCAUAAGCCUGGAAUCUAUAUAACUGGGGGUGGGGAACCACUUUUAGCUAGUGGGCCAGAUCCAAUUGUAACCAACAACCCAUGGGCCACAUUUGACAAGUGGGCAGGGUUGCCCAUCUACCAGUCAUCUGACAUAAGGUUGAUAUGACUCCCAGCUGAAGCAGUGUGGCUUGCAUGUGGCUUGUAAUUGUAAAGAGCAACCAAUGCAAGCCACAACUGCAAAAGAAUGAUUGGGAGCCUUAGAGAUCCAUUGGGGAGCUUCUGGUCAGUCUGCCUUCUGAGUAUUUGUGUGCUUUGCUUUGAAAUUCCAGGUGUGGAUGUAAAAACAGCAUGAACCAUUCAAAAGAAGGGGUACCUCAUGAAGCCAAGAAUCGGUGUAGAUACACCCAUCAGUACGAUAACAGAGUGUUUACAUGCAAGGUGAGUGAAGCAAGUGAAAGAGAGCUUCUGGUACUGGAGGUUGACAAGAAAAGCCUGCAUAGCUUAUAACCUGCUAAGAUUAAUGUAGCCCAUCAAUCCAUGUAUUGUAGCUUCCAAGGCGCUUUGCAACCUGUGAUCGGUAAGGAGCAAACUCUGCGUCCCCCUCCCUCUGUACAUUACACAACCCAUCUGUGUUUGCAGUUGGAGGCAGAAACAAGAGGAUCUCUGAGCCUCUGCUGGGCUGUGAAUUCACUUUGGUGGGUCAAAGAUUUCACAGCUUUGGGCUAGAAAGAAUUAGGGUUUUCCCUGGCCUGUUUUCUGGCACCCACUGUCUACUGAAGAACAGUAAGUUCCUAGUUUUAAUGCUGUAAAUGUUUUCAUGCAUAUGUUCAAACCAUGCCAUUCCUCGUUGCCUCCAUUUUGGGGGAACUAACGCAUAACUCUUCAUUGUAAAUGGAAGGUAUGGACUUUGAGAUCUGAAGAUCAGUCAUUUUAAUUGAUAUUUUGCAUUCCAGGCCUGUUAUGAACGUGGGAAUGAAGUUAGAGUGGUGCCCAAAACGUCCGCUUCCACUGAUUCCCCUUGGAUGGGACUUGCCAAGUAUGCCUGGUCAGGGUGAGUACAGGAGCAGGAGAGGAUCUGUUUUCCCCCUUCAUCCUUCCCUGCUCCCAUUCUCUUCACUUGGAGCAUGCUCAAGUGACCAGUUCUUCUUCCUUCCUGACUGCAGGUAUGUGAUCGAGUGCCCCAACUGCGGAGUUGUGUACCGCAGCCGACAGUACUGGUUUGGCAACCAAGACCCUGUGGAUACCGUGGUGAGGACAGAAAUUGUGCACAUCUGGCCAGGUGUAAGUCUACUUGCAUACAUUUGUUUCUUGUCCUUUUAAUUGAAGGGGAAACGAUUAGGUUGCCACAGUAGCAGGCAUUCCACCCCUGUUGUGUUAAAUCAUCCCAUUUCAGGAGAUCUUGACGAUGAGAGACAUUUUACUUGCCCAGGCCAUUAAAGCCAAGUUUGACGCCACCAUGUUGUGUCUUGGAGACAUGAAUUGAGAAAUAUGUAUACCAGAUCUCUCCUGCCCAGCUUCAAAAAAUAUUUCCUGUAUUCAUCCUGGUUCAUCUCCUUAAGAUCCAUCCUAGUGUGUUUAGGCCACACAUUCCAAAGCAAAGAGUGAGAGUAAGGGACCAGAGCCCUGCAUUAGGAACUUCCAUGCCCCUAGACAGAGCUCCUAUUUUGAAUUCCUUCUAAGGAAUUUACAUGAAGAUCUGGGGCGUCCCAGUCAGUAACAGAAGUCUAAUUUCCUUAUGUGGUUGCACCGGUGAGUCACUUCCUUUCUCCAAAUAAAAGACAAUGUAUAUCUUCUAAUAUUUGGUAGAGGUCAGCAGGUCAGCAGCAGACAGGCACAAUGAGAUGUUAAUUGUAUUGAAUAUCCAUUUUUGUUGCAGACGGAUUGCAGUCUGAAAGACAACAACAAUGCUGCUCAGCGCCUCAUAGAUGGGAUGAACUUUAUGGCACAGUCAGUGUCUGAACUGAGCCUGGGACCCACAAAAGCAGUGACCUCUUGGCUGACGGAUCAAAUCGCUCCAGCCUACUGGAAACCCAAUUCCCAGAUUCUGGUAUCUAGUAGUCAUCAUACUUGCAUGCUGAUGAGAAGUCAUUUUCCUUUCCCCUACUUCUCUUUCUCCAAAGAGAUGAAAUAAUGGUUCAUUGCUCGAUGAAAUGCCUCUGUUGUGUUCUACAAAUCUGUUGCCUCCAGCAGACACAGCGAGACAGCCCUGUGUGCAGUCUCCCCCUUUGUGGGCUCUCACUCUCCUGCUUCCCACCAGGAAAAAAGAAAGAAGCCUUUCUGCUCGAGGCUCAACAGCUGGGCCACAGACACCUCUGACGCAGGUGCCAAUCCUGAGCCUCAUGGCAAAAUGAAAUGUGUCCAUCGUGUGGUUAGCUCUGAGGCUGCCGUGGAUGCUAAUGACCCCUUCACACCUGCUUGCCUUGCCCUAGCUUGUCUCAGGAGGCCUUUAGCAGAGAGCUGUGUCCUCACCAUAGGAGCCAGCCCCUAGGGGCAAGGUCCCUUUGCCCCCCCAAAAAAUAUUUGAGCAGGUUGGGGUCCCCAAGUUGAUGGGCAUUGCCAUUCAAAUGGUGUGUGUGCAUUGCAACUUGUGAUUGAUUAUGCGGGUGGAGCUUACCUUGGCCCACCCAAUAUUCAAGUUGGCACUCCUGGUCCACACACACACACACACACACACACACACACACACAAUGCCAUAUCAGGUGUAGGGACAAGUGGAUAUGGCUUGAGUUCCCUGCUAGCCAGAUGUUCCCACCACCAAUUUAGCUGACUGAAAGACUAACAAUACCUCUUUCACCAAACUACUUAGUCCAAUGGCUUGUUGUCGUGUUUUUUUAUCUCCUUCAGAAUUGCAGAAAGUGUGGCAUCUCAUUUAAAGAUAAUGACACCAAACACCAUUGUCGGGCUUGUGGAGAAGGUUUCUGUGAUGGUUGUUCAUCCAAGACCCGCCCUGUUCCCGAACGUGGCUGGGGCCCCACACCAGUGCGAGUAUGCGAUGGCUGCUAUGACGGCAGGGGCGUUCAGUUAGGUAAUCCCAUCCUGACCAUAGUAGGUGUGUGAACCAAAGGGGGGAAACCUAUAACCUUUUGUGUGUCUGUUGGUGUAUCAUGUUGUGCUUUUAAAUGCUUGUCCCUGUUGCCUUUUGUCACCUCCCAGCUGAGAUUGAGGUCAGGCUAUGUGAGAUGUUGAAGAUCUGUGAUUGGAUGUCUUGCUUUGAUUCUUCAAAAGCAGCCAUGGGGUCCCUGAAUUGGAUUGGGAUGGCAUCACUGGAGGAAGCUGUUAACCUGUGCUAUUUGCAUCAUCUAAGUAAUGUGUGUGGAACCUUUGGCCCUCCACCUGUUGUGGAACUACAACUCCCAGCAAGCAUGGCCAGUGGCUAGGGAUGAUGGGAAUUGUAGCCCAGUAACAUCUGGAGGACCAAAGGCUUCCCAACAUCUGAUCUAAAUAUACCCCAAAGUCACUAUUUGCCCCAUGGGUGGGAGAAUGUUCUGAUUUAAGGCCUUCUGGUUCCUUAUGAAAUAAAUUGGGGAAUCUAGCUGUGGAUUUCCAACAUCUCAUCUCUUUCAUUAGAGGUUUUAAGCAGAAGCUGGGUGGCCACCUAUAAGGGAUGUGGUAGCAGUGCAUUUCCUGCAUCAGGCAAGAUGACCUCCUGUCCCUUCCAGUUGAGUGAUUCGUCUAGUUUGGACCUGACACUCAGCUGUGGUCCUUCCUGUAUCCAAAAGUAGAGGGCAACUCCCACCAAACAGCAGAAUAAUGAGAAAGCAAAAUGAAGGAGCAUAAUAAUAAAUUUUAGUUUCCAAAUUUCUCAGUGCAUUUACAAUUGAAGUCUUCUUCCUCCAUGAAAACAACUUACCUAAAUCUUAAGAAAUCGCUAUUCAGAUUGAAUUAAAUCUCCUUCAUUUUAACUCUAGAAUUAAUGGAUUUAUUCACCGGUUGUAAGAAAAUGAUCUAUUUAAUGGCAAUAGAGAAGAACAGUGUGUAUGUACUGAGUAGCUUCCCCAGAGGAGGGACAUUGUUGAUGCUUUCUUGUCAUUCUGUUCCUGAAGCUGCUCAGUUCCAAACCGACACUUUCAUCAUAGUUGCCCAUGGACCCUGGAGAGCUGACUGGGCUGAUGCUGUCAUUCUUUAUUUUGUUUUGUUUUAAUUUCUGAUGAGCACUGAGCUAAUGGAACACAGCAGCUAUCAUCUUUUCUUACCCUAGAAUUCCCAAGGCAUUCUGGAUUAAUAAAGAUGGCAGCAGACAGCUGCUUUGCUCGGCACAUUGCUGGGGAGCACUAGGCUGAGUGCUGCCACCCAUCUCUGCUGCUGCCAUGCUGAGCUUACAAGGGGAGGAGGUGGCAGCAUUCAGUCUGGUGCUCACUAGAGAAGCCUUGUGUGCAACCUUGGAGGGCAACCUACCCAGGGCUAUACCAGAGCUGUUUAUGACUCUGGUAACAUACCAUUUCAAGACACUUGUGCAUGAUUCAAGCUAGGAGAACGUAUUAUAGAGGUUGCUUAUACACCUGUGGAUAAAUGAGAGUUGAUUCAACAAGGGGGUAUCAUGGUGUUUGUACAGAUGAAAAAAUUUCAGCAGUGAGCCUGUUGUGAAAUGUACCUUCCCCUGCUCCGAUCAAACGCAGGCAAGUCCUGAUGUUCUGGUUUUCAGAUGCUGAAUUUGAUCGUGUCAAUUGGCUAGCCAUUCUGUCAUUCACAAAUCCACUUCCUUCUCAAAAGCAGUUUUACAAAGCUUAACACAUAACUUGUAUUAUUAUUAUUAUUAAUAAUAAUAAUAUUUUUAAAGCACUGAACCAAUGUUUGACGAGAUGGCUAGCCAAGAUCCUUGUGUUUUAGGUUCUCUCCCCAACCCCCUACCCUGCAAAGCAGGCAUCCACCGGAAGCGUAACAUGAGGUGGUGCCAUUGCAAGAGUGGCAGCGGUGGUUGGGAAGAAGACAGGAGUGGCUGGUGCAGUGGGGUGGGACAGAGUGGCAGUGUGGCAAGGACUUCGCUGGGGCAAUGGUGGGAGUGCCAGACUGGCUCUGCCAGUGAACCAACACAUCCCUGAUCUUGCCACUGCCAGUAGCUGGCAGCAGGGCUGCUGUACCAGGAAGGCACUCCUGCUGCAUUACUCCACCAUGCCAGCCACUUCUGAAAGCAGAGCUCCCUUCACAGCAGAAAAACCUUCCUCCUCUUUGAAGGCAUAUCUGUUUGCAUCCCAAAGAAUCAAUCACACACUUUUGUUGACUGUCUCAGGGAUCCUAUGGCAUUACAAUGAAUUCAAGAACUCCAGUCACCCUUUUAUCCCUGGUAUAAUGGGCCUGUUGUUAUUUACAGGGUCUCUUAACCUGAAAAUGGGAUGUGGGUGGCGCUGUGGGUUAAACCACAGAGCCUAGGAUUUGCUGAUCAGAAGGUCAGCAGUUCAAAUCCCCGCGACGGGGUGAGCUCCCGUUGCUCGGUCCCUGCUCCUGCCAACCUAGCAGUUCGAAAGCACGUCAAAGUGCAAAUAGGUACCGCUCUGGCAGGAAGGUAAACAGCGUUUCCGUGCGCUGCUCUGGUUCGCCAGAAGCGGCUUAGUCAUGCUGGCCACAUGACCCGGAAGCUGUAUGCCGGCUCCCUCGGCCAAUAAAGCAAGAUGAGCGCCGCAACCCCAGUGUUGGUCACGACUGGACCUAAUGGUCAGGGGUCCCUUUACCUUUACCUUUACCUUUACUUAACCUGAAAUAAAACAAAGGGGGAUCAAGAACCUGUUUCUCCCAUUUUCAGCUCAUUUCCAACUCAUGCUCAUGUAGAAACCAUGUAUUUAAGCAUGGGCAGCUAAGUAAGCUGCAGAUUGAACAAUUUCUUGCCUAAGCAUGAGAAAUCAUAGCAAAUUCUCCUAUGGCAGUUAGUCCCCUCAACAGCUGCUACCUUGAAAACCUUCACAGUCACACAGAUAGCCUAUGCCACUGACAGGGUAGUGAAGCACAAUAGUUUUACUCAUACUACUGUGAGGAUAUAGCCCUGCUUUGUGCCUUGCCCACUUGGCAGUAGCUGAAAGUAAAGGUAACAAGAAAGGCAAAUUGUGAGCUUUCAUCUCUUCUUACUCAUGGAUUCUGCCCACAAAACAGUUUUUGGUGGAAUCGUCCUGGGGAGGUAGCCUUCGGUGAAGAUCUCAGUGUGGAAGAUCUAUGGAUUUCAGUCAUUGUCCCCUACCAGGUUAGGGACCAACCACUGACUGCAGCUGGCUGCAACUUCUGGGGGAACAUCAAUUUUAAUUCUAAAUAGAACAGCUGUGUCUUAGGCUGGAGUUGUGCCUUUGUCUCUGAGCCCUAACUUCUGUCAUGCAGAUGUGCCUGAGGCUCCAACUGAUGAGGAAGGGGGGACAGUGAUUGCCAGGAAGGUUGGUGAAGCUGUGCAGAACACUCUUGGAGCUGUAGUGACUGCCAUUGAUAUCCCGUUGGGUAAGUGCUAUUGGUGCAUUUAGAAACCUUUUAGCUUCUCAGUUCAGUGGGUAUGUAUAGAAUUGGAGGCUUUUCUUUCCCCCUCAGCAAGUAGCACUUAGUGAAAUAAAAGAAGUCCAGUGAAGCAGAAGACCAGGGCUCUUCAGGUGGCAGGUGUGGGGAAUCUGCACAGGUACUGCCAUCCUUCCCUCUCCCCCACCAAGUUAAUGCUAAGAUGCAGAGCUCUGCAAUAGGUUGUUUUAUUCUCUAAACCUGGUUCCCAUACAUAAGGUUGCACGCAAAAGCGUAAGCAGGGAAAACAGAAAUCUUGGGCUUAUCGACAACUUGUUCACUAAUCCUUUAUAAGCCACAGCCUGAGAAUUAUUUGAACCAUCCUAUAGAUUAGUCUUAAUCCUUCAUUAAGAGCAGCAAAAACAGAGGUGGGUUUUGUACAGUCCCUCCUCCUCUUUAUUGGUAACAAACAGAAAUGGUGUUGUGGGUUUUUCCCCCUAACUCUCUGUAGGUCUUGUGAAGGAUGCUGCCAGACCUGCCUACUGGGUGCCCGACCAUGAAAUCUUACACUGCCACAGUUGCCAGAAGGAAUUCAAUAUCAAGCUGUCGAAGCACCACUGCCGUGCCUGUGGCCAGGGUUUCUGUGACGAGUGCUCUCUGGAGCGCAGAGCUGUCCCUUCCCGUGGCUGGGAUCAUCCUGUCAGAGUCUGCUUUAAUUGCAAUAAAAAGCCCGGUGACCUUUAA